AUGGGCGAUUCGGGCCAGGGCUCCCCCGCGAUGCCCGCGAUGCGCUCCAAGGUUGAGAUGAUCAAGGAUGUUAAAACGGGUAAGGGCGUCGUUCUCGCGGUAGGCGACGUCGCGCAGCUCGUGGAGCGGUGCGAGGUCAAGGAGGGUGACAAAGAGCCGAGAUUCUUACUCAAGCAGAUCAACCCAAAGUCCGAGUUCAACGGGCACAAGUACAAGGUGAAACAGUCGUACUUCAAGCCUUGGGUCGACCCGUCCAUCCCCCCGCCUCCCCCGCCGCCCCCGCCGCCCACCGCCGAGGAGAUCAUCGACGAGAUGCUCCCCGAGAUGUGCGAUACGGCGGUGUGGGAGGCGGAGAUGGAAAUCAGGAUCGAGACGGAGACCUUUCGCAAGAUGGACACGGCGGUGGUGGGCAUGUUCACGCAGAUCGACGCCAACGGCGACGGCGUGGUGACCAUGCGCGAGCUCACGAUGGCGCUGAGGAAGGACCGCGGGCUGGGCAAGCGACUCGGCCUCAGGUUCGCCGACGGGGAGAUCCAGGACAGGGACGGCUCCAGGAAAGAGAUCGAGGAAUUCUUCUCCAGGCACGACGUCGACGACCAAACCGGGCUUCAGCUGCACGAGUUUUACACAGCCCUUCGACCGGGCGGACCCCCGCCGCCGUUGCCCGAUCACAUCGCCCGCGCGAUGCCCUCCGACGAGGACCUCGAGCGGGUGUUCGCCGCCGUGAACCCCUCGUGCAAGGUUGAGGAUGCGCAGGUUCGAGAGAUCCUCGAGGUUCUCGAGAAAGAACCCGAGCUUCAGGCGGCGUUCGGGCUGGCGGUGGACGGCGCGAGCCCCGCGCCCGGUGGGGAUACCGCGUCGAGGGAGACGUUCAAACAGUUUUUUACCCGAUGGAACAGCGAGGGCGACAGGACGCUCUCGCUGGCGGAGUUUAAGGGCAUCUUCGGCCGAAAGUACGAGCUGGGGAACCCGGCUCUGGUGGAGCAGCUCACGAGGCGCGCGAUGGAGCGCGACAUCGGCGAACUCUUCUCGAAGAUCGAUAAGAAUCACGACGGCCGCGUGUCCAAGCCCGAGCUGAUCUUGGCGCUGAGAAGAGACGAGGCGUUGGCGUUUCGGUUGGGCCUGUGCUCGGGCGCCAUCAAGGACGACUCCCGCGCCGCGCUCGAGGCGUUUUUCGUCGAGUUUGACUCUGAUGGCGAUAAGCAGCUCAGCAUGGAGGAGUUCUCCGAGGUGUUCCUCAAGUCCAAGACCAAGGGUGCGAAGACGGCGGCGGUGGGGACCGAGGUCAUCGUCAUGCCGGACGUGGGCGUCGACCCGCUCACGGUGGAUUACCUCUUUGCGAAGAUCGACAAGGACGGCAACGGGAAACUCUCCAUCCGCGAGCUCGUCACGUCCCUUCGCGAGGACCCGAGUUUGGCGAAGACCCUUGGUUUGGACUUCAAGAACGGCACCGGGGACGUGGACGAAGACGCGUGCGCCGCGCUGGAGGGCUGGUUCAUGACCUACGACUCGAACGGCGACAAGGAGUUUGACAAGGAUGAGUUUUACCAGAUUUUCGUCAGGCGCGAACCGGCGCCGACGACGGGAACGAAGGGCGACGGGGACGGGACGAACGUCGCCGAAGUCUCCGAGGAGGAAGCCGCGCGACGCGCCGCGCACGCCGACGCGAUCGCGGCCGAGAUCGCCGAGUCCAUCCGCGAGGCGACCGAGCUCGAGAGGGUCAAGUCGGAACUCGCGCGGCGAGAACGCGAGAUGCUGGAGCUCAAGGCGCAGAUGGUUCGGCUCAAGACGGGCGGCGGCGGCGAUCCCGAGGCGCCCGAGGCGCCCGGGGACGCCGACGCCGGGGACGGGGAUGCCGCGGAGGAGGGCACCCCACCCCCUGAGGAGGAUGAGGACGAGGACGGGGAGGACGAGGAGGACGAAACGCCCGGCGUGUCGGGCGACGUGGAGGUUGACGCGGAGGCCGCGAAGAAACUUCUCGGGAUGACCGAGGUGGACGUCAGCGGCCCCGCGUACCAGUCCUACAUGGCCUACAUCCAGUCUCCAAAGUUCAACCGCGGGAUGACGAAAGAUGGCCGCUCGCCGGUCAAGGCAGACUCGAUGAAGAAGUCCCUGAACGUCACGCCGCUGCGUCCCGCGGAGCGUAAGAAGCGUCUGGUGGACGAGUUGAUCGACGAGGCUCCGCCCGCGAUUGCCGGGUACGAACGAAACUGGAUGACCUCGCUUCGCAACGGCGAUCCGCUGUACAAGCACGCGGUGGGCACCGAGAUAUUGGUCAACGUGCACUGCGAGGGGGGCGUGGACGGGCCGAGCGGCCGGCGGUUGAUGAAGAUCAAGCGCGACGGGAACCUCAAGUCGUUUCUCGCCGCCGCCGAGCUCGCGUUGGUGUUGGACAAAAAGCCGCUCAGCGCGUUCGUCCGCGACGCCAAGGACGGGUCGUGGAAGGAGAUCGCGGACACGCUGCGGUUGCAGUCGGAACAGCACGUGAUGGUGAGCCACGGCGAGCCGACCGUUCGACCCGGUGACUCCAAGAAAGUCUCCCCGGUUAAGGUGGCCACUCGCACCGGGUACGUUCGCGCGAAGGAUUUCAACGAGCUGCUGGGCGAUUACAAGGCGCUGAACCCCGGCGGGCAGCACAGGACGUUUAGCAGGGCGUUCUCGAAGCUCUACCUCAAUCCCGCGUCGCCCGUUCCCAACACGGGCGCCAAGAACCCGCACCUUCAUCCGCCGGGGGUCAAGACGAAUGAUGCGGAGCUCGUGGGCACCGUCGGCAUCAAGAUGAGCAAGCACCGCGAGGACCUCCGGCAUCAGGCGGCGAUGCAGCCGGUGAGCUUUCACAGGAACGUGGUCGGGGACAAGGCGACGACGAUGACGUCCACGGCGCCGGACCAGGAGACCAAGUUCCCGCGCUCGAAGGGCCCGAAGGGCAGGAUAUGGGUCCCGGGAUACUGA